CACAUCCCUUGACCUUGCCCGCCUUCCCGCGGGCUCCCUUUUCGCCCCCCCCCCUCUUCCUCUCCCCUUUUUCGCCUGGUCCUCCUCCUCGUUCUUCCCCUCUCUUCUUCUCCCCCGCUAGCAACCCAGGUUUCCUUUCCCUCCCCCAACACCCGCUGCUCCUUUCCUCCCGAUGCUGCGGCUGGCCGCGCUCACUCGCCGGUCGGCUCCCCUGCCGCUGGGAGUCGCCCGGUACUCCGGCCGGAGCCGUGGCGCCCGGUCAGCAGCCAACGGCACCAACCCCGCGGCCAAGGCGGCCGCGGCCUUCCCGGGGACUAGCUCCGACGAGGAGAAUGCCCCUCCUGUGGAUGUCCGGUUGAAUUCCUUCCUCCGAGAGCAGGCACGCGACCCCGCCACGGCCGUUGCCUUCGGCGAUGACUUUGACCCUUUCGAUUUGAGCAGCUCCGACAAUGAUUAUGGGCAUCCCUUCGCGGGUGACUCCGACUCGGAGAUGAACACCCUUUCCCCGGAAUUCAUCCGUUCCGCCCUGGAGCAUGAGCAACGCCAGCUGUCGGCAGCCGGUGCCGGGUCUCUUGAUAGCCUGUUGAAGGGUCCCCGAUUGGGGGGCGAGCGGCCGGAUCGUCGAAUCCGCUCGCGCCGGGGCAAAAUCAACCGGCCCUACAACCGCCAGUUCCCGAUGUACGAUGUGGAUCACAUCCUGGCCAAUGGCGAGCCCUUGCUCCUGCCCCGGGAGACCCGUGCACAGGCUCUCCGUCGGACGCAGCUCUCGGAGGAUCUUUACGCCAUUGAGGAACUCAAGGAUUUCUUCGGCGUGGAGCGCAUGCUUCGGCAGCUGCCGGACCACGCGGCCGAUGGUCGGCCCUUCAACCGCGUCCAGAUGCUGAUGUAUGCCCAGGAGUAUGACAACCCCUCGCAUGACUUCGCCCUGCGGCAGCUUUUCAGCCGGGACACACUGCCCCUGGGCCCUGGCGAGCUGGAGUCUGCCCUCACUCCGGAGCAGUUGGCCCUGCGUGUGUACAACUAUCGGGAUCGCAUGCGUGCCGAGCACAAGAAUUUGGUGCAGCUCCACCAAAUCCGCAUGGAGUCCUCCAACAUGCCGUACUUGCCGAAGUCCCUGCGACCCACUCUGGACCAGGCGCCUGGCCAGUCUGACCGGGCGCGUCGAAGCCAGGAAACCGAAAGCGAUCAGGCCCUGAUCAGCGCCCUGCAGGCCACCCUGAAGGACUACACGCCCAGCACGCGGCGUCUUCUCCGGGAUCUGAUCUUCGCCGUGGAUGGUCGCCUGGCCGAGGAGGACAAGCGUCGAAUCCAGAUCUUCAUGCACACCAACCCGGACUUCUUGCACAAGGUCUUCACCUCGCUGUCGAUUGCGUCCCAAUCUUCGCUCGAUAGCACCGAGGGUCUCUUCCGUGAUGCGCCGACGGAGAUCGGGCUGAAUAAGCCGGAGGUGGCUCCGGCCGCGGAAGACCCCAAGCCCAGCACGACGGCCGAGGCUCCGGCCAGUGUCCCGGAUGCGGAAAGGCCCGAGGGCGGUCGUCGCGGUCGCAUUCGCAACACCUCCAACGCCGCGGCAGCGGCCAAUCGCCAGGCCGAGGCCGAGCGCCAGCGCCUGGCCGAGGAGAUGGAAUUCCGCGAGGCCCUCCUGCCGGGCCGGAGUAAGCUUCAGCAAAUGCAAAUGCAGCAGCUUGCCGCCGCUUCGGACACCUUCCAGGAGCUCCGAGAUCUCGAGCGGGAUCCCGGCCACUAUAUGGCCGAGGGCAAGUCCCUCGGCGCGAUGGAUGACCCUGACCAUCUUGACCCGGCGAAGGUGGCCCGGAAGCUGCACUCCGAGGGUCGCCCGGUGCCUCGGCACAUUCUCCUGCAGUUGGACAGCUUCCCCGAAGAUCCGGCUGCCUUUGAGCGGGCCCGAACCGAAGACCAACUUGAGUACAUGAACCUGGAGGAUGAUGAUUUCAGCCUGGCGGGCAAUUACUCGGAUGAUCCCUUGAUGGAGACUCCCUUCUCCGAUGAGGACCUCAGCUUCUCCGAUGACGAUGGGGACUUCUUUGAUGAGGCCUCCAUGAGCAACCUCUUCUCGGCCGGAGGCCGAUCGGAAGUCCGGCGGAAGAAGCACGCCGCCAAUCGAGCCGCCUACGAUGCCACCAUUUCCCCGGAGGAGAAGGAGCAGCUCAAGCAUCGGGCUCUUUUGACUCAGGUUGCCAAGAAUGAGGCUCGUGCCCGCAAGCAGCAGCUGAUCGAGAUGCUGGCCGUGGCCCCGCCCACUCCAGAGGAGGAGGCCAAGCUCGAGCGUGUCACGCGCAUCCGGGCCAUGCAAGUCCCCCGGCUGGUGACCCCUCUGCCGGAGGGGCUGGACAUGGACACCCUCUAUGGGCAGGGCGGCCAUCCGGCCAUCAUGCGGGGGUACAUUCAGGAGACGGACUUGACCCUGCCGCCGCCGAAUGACCCGGAAUGGACGGCCCUCGAUGACCCGGCUGCCAAGCACAGGGCCGAUCCGAUGGCCACUCGGCUCCUGGGGGAUGACUCCUUCUCCUCGGUCCGCUCGAAGAAGCUGACCCCGGUGGGGCAAUAUGCCAAUUUCUUUGUCGGGCUGAUGCGCCUGCCGGUUGAGCUGUACAAGCCCAUGCGUGAGAUUCUCAAGUCCUUCAAUCUUCGUGACUUGCAGCGUGAGCACCUUGCUGCGCGUUCCGAGGCCGACAAGUCCCGCGUCAGGCUCCCGAGUGCGAAGAAUCUUCGCCUGCUGAACCUCAAGAUGAACCAGCUGCUACUGCAGCAGGAGACCGCCCAGCGCCUGCUCCAGAAUCCGGCCGCACCGCCCUCCGCAGGUCUGCUGCCGCCAGCCGACCAGCAGGCCGCCGUCGCAGCGCUCCCCGGGCCGGACUCGGUGGAGGUCAUUUCCAUCCCCGCCGGGGAGAAUGGCGCCCCGACGCCCGUUGUGCGCAAGCGCCUUCGCGCGGAGGCAGCCCGGGCGGCGGAGGCAGCGGCCAAGGCCGCCGCCGCGGCCAAGGCCGCUCAGAAGCGCAUUCCCGUGCCGUCUUUGGCCCCGAAAAAGCGGUACACCGACUUGCAGGUGGCCACCUACCUGGCCACGCGGUUCUCCUCCACGUACAAUGUCAACCGGCGCGUCUUCAAUGAGAUUCGCAAGCGUGUCCCGAACUUCGCCCCGGUGUCCAUGUUGGACUUUGGCACUGGUCCCGGGACGUCCAUCUGGGCUGCCACGCACAUUUGGCGCUCAACCGUGGACGGCUCGCUGACAUAUGUGGAUGGCAUCGACGCAUCGGAUACCAUGUUGCGCGCGGCCCGGCGCAUGCACCCGGAAAAGGUGGCCUUCAACAUCAUCAUGCCCACCGGCCGGGAGGGCGAGAAUGCCGUGGGACUGAUUGACCAGCGUCGGCCGCUGCAGCUGCGCUUCCACCAGGCCCAUGGCAUCCCGGAGCGUUUGAGCUCCGCGGAUUUGGUGGUGGCCAGUUACUCUUUGUCGGAGCUGCCCUCCUUCGAGGCGCGCCAGUACAUGAUCAAGCGUCUGUGGGAGCACACCAAAGACACGCUGGUCAUCAUUGAGCCCGGCACGCCGACCGGCUUCGACAACAUUCUCAUGGCUCGAGACCUGCUCAUCACUGGCGACCUGCCGGGUGGACACAUUCUCGCACCGUGCCCUCAUGAGGCCGAGUGCCCGAUGGGUGCGGCCUCUUGGUGUCACUUCGUCCAGCGCGGCCAGCGGGUGGUGGAGAAUCGCGAAGUCCGCCAGUCGCCGAACACCCUGGAGGACGAGAAAUUCUCGUAUCUGGUGUUGCGACGCGGCCGGCGGCCGACGGUGCCGCCUGACAGUACCCUGGUCCCGAUCGAGGACGCGGCGUACUCCUGGCCGCGAAUCUUGCGAUCGCCCCUCAUCCGCACUGGGCAUGUCCUGCUCGACGUGUGCGAGGCUACCACCAAGAAGGUCCCGGCCGAGGAGGCCCCGAUGUAUGGCGGUGCAACUGGGAGUGGAAUUCCCGAUGAGCAGGGCCGCGUGGAUGUCAUCGAUGGCCAGGUCACCCGGCGGGUGGUCAGUCGCUCGCAUGGGACGGAGCUUCUGAAGGAUGCGCGAACCACCUUCUGGGGUAAUCUUUGGCCGCAUGAGUUUGUGAUCACCGCCCGGCAGAAGGCCAAGCAGGAGGCCCGUGCCAUCUUCUGGGAGAAUGUCACCUCGCCGCACGAUCACCAGGCCAUCACCUUCGAAGAUGUGAGGGCUUCCAUUGAGCGGGCCGUCAACACGAUCGACGAGGGCCUUGUGUCGGAUGACGAGCGCUUCGAGAUUGAGCAUGACCCGGAGGACCCGGUCAGUGCCCUGGCCGUUGAGGGUGUGCGUCGGAAGCGCGCAGCGCGCGAGCUGGCCGAGAAUGGCGAUGACGCUGGCGAUGACGCUGGCGAUGGCGAUGACGCCGCUGGUGCUGGCGACCGUGCGGACGCCAAUGGCCAGGACCCGGAUGAUGAGGAUGAUGUCUCUCCCGAGGAGAAGCUGGCCCGCGUGGAGCGCCUGCUGGCCGGCGAGCCGAUCUACGACAACACCAGCCUGGCGUAUCUCAUGUAUGGCGAGCAGUCGCGCUUCGCCGGCGGUGUCGGUGGCAUGGGUGGCGGUAUUACCCGGAGCAAGUACAACCGCGCCCUGCGCAUGCUGAAGGACGCCGAGGCCGAGGAGCAGGCCCAGUUCCGUCACUUGCUCAACCAGCCGGACAUGGCUGGCAUGACGCCGAGCAUGCGCCGGGAGCUGGCCUACGCCGAGUCUCUGGUGGCCGGCGCGGCCCGGUUCGACCAUGGUCUGCUGACUGGCGAGCCUCGCCGGGAGCUGGCCGAUGCGGCGGCGGCCAUCGUGGCCGCGCGCAAGGGCGAGGACCUGGCCGCGCACCGUCUGGAAUCCCUGGACCCCCAGGUCCUGGAGGCCAGCGUCAAGGCUCACGCGGGCAAGCCGCUGCCCCCCCGCCCGGCGGCCAAGAGCAGUGCUGCUACGGCUCCCGGCGCGUCGUCCGCACGUUGGCUGUCUGGCUCGGGCGCUGCGACGCCCAAGGUGGCCGGCUUCCGGCUUUUCGAUGACGAUGACGAUGGGUCUGGCUCCAGCUCCCCGAAGCGUGGCAAGCCCACCUUCCGCCGGCGGAAGGGCGACACGAGCUCGGUCUUUUCGCACGGCAAGAAGAAGGACAAGAGCCCCGCCUCCUGAAGGGAGUAGCUUGGAAUGGAGGGGCGCAGGAGGAGCAGGGGCUCUUUUUUUCUGCCUCCCUCCCCCUCCUCCUCCUCCUCGGCGAAGGGCCGUGGAUUCUGUGUCACAAAGAAAGGCACGCGUCCAUUCCCGGGGAGGGGGGAUUUGGGACUGCACAUGUCCUCCCUCCCCCCCUCCCCCCCCC